GCCGGCUUCAGUCUCAGCCAAGCGGGCUGACCUGGAGGAGUGGUUGGGAGGCACAACCCCCUUGCCCCUCUAGGCCUGAUCUCGCUCCGGGGCGUCCUUCUCACCCGGCAGCUGCUCCCAGCCUGCAGGGGCAGGAAGGGCAAGACCGCGGCUAGAGGAGAGGGCGAAGAAGGCAGGAGCGCGCGGCGCGCAGCGCGCAUGGCGAUGGCGGGCGCGCGGCGAAUCCCCGCUGGAACGCGCGCGGCGGCUCGGCGCUGCUGCUGUCUCCAGCCGGGCGCGCAACCCGCCCCGCCCCCAGGCUCUCUCAGAGGGCUGCAGCCAAUGAGGCUCUUGCCUUCCUGCAGCCUCUUGCUGCCCAGAGCUGUCCAGGCCUUGGGGGCCGAGGCUGGCCUUUCCCACAGCCGUUCUUUUAUGGGCUUAGCUUCCCCAUUCACCAACAAGCGCAAGGCGUAUUCGGAACGCAGGAUUAUGGGGUACUCAAUGCAGGAGAUGUAUGAGGUGGUGUCCAAUGUCCAGGAGUACAGGGAAUUUGUGCCUUGGUGUAAGAAGUCCAUAGUGGUGUCCAGCCGAAAAGGUUACCUGAAGGCCCAGUUGGAGGUUGGCUUCCCACCUGUUGUGGAACGUUACACCUCGGCUGUCUCCAUGGUCAAACCUCAUAUGGUUAAGGCAGUCUGCACUGAUGGCAAACUCUUCAACCAUUUAGAGACCAUAUGGAGAUUCAGCCCUGGUCUUCCUGCCUAUUCUCGAACUUGCACGGUAGACUUUUCGAUUUCCUUCGAGUUUCGAUCACUGCUCCACUCUCAGCUGGCCACCAUGUUCUUUGAUGAGGUUGUGAAACAGAACGUUGCUGCCUUUGAACGUCGAGCAGCCACGAAGUUCGGGCCGGAGACGGCCAUCCCCCGUGAACUCAUGUUCCAUGAGGUGCACCAUACUUGAUAUCAGCCCUGUAAUUUAUUUAUUUGGUUUGAUCCACAGCUCCAUCCUCUGGGGCAAGUCUUGUUUAUGUCUGCCUCCCUGCCCUAAUAGUUCUGGCUCUCCAGGAAGAGAGAACUCAGGAAUCUGGGGUGAGAAGAUACUGAGGGGUAAGAAAGAGUUGGCUAGCCCGACUCCAGGAACUGAACCUUAUAUGCCAAUGUCCCAAAAACUGGACUCAGAAUUGCUGGGAUUGUCAAUUUUUGAUUAUAUCUUGUUAGCUAGGACUUAUUCCCUGUCUAAAAUUUUAUUUAUGGUUCCUCAGUGUGUCUGGAAGGAUAAAUAGAUCCAGGUCUUCAGUAAACUAUAUUACACUAUUCUCUCCGGUUAAGGAGCGAAGGGGAUGAGGCAGUCCUUAUUAUCUUGAUAAAGACUUAUGAGGGAAAAGUAACUUCCAGUUUGGAAUCCAGGUAUCUGAGGUUCUACCUGAAGCCUGCUUUCCAAAAAAGUAAAUUCUUCCCCCAACCCCUGACUGUAUAGAAUGUCAGUUCUUUUCCCCCAUCCAGGGUGGAGGGGAAGCUGUGAGUAAAGCUGCACUUACUUCUAAGCCUGACCUUUUCUUCCACCUGGGCUGAGUGUUUUGAUGAAGAGCCAAUAAACCAAUUGUGUGAA